CAGCGGUCCGUAUUGUUUUACGUUAUUACGUCAAAUUGAAAACUUGUAACUGUUAGUAUCGCGGACGACGUUGAACGAACCGAUUCAAUAAUAAACGCACGUGUAUCCUCGUUUCUGUUUUUUGAACGACCGAAAAAUGACGCUAGAAAAGGACAAGCCGGCACCGGGGCAGUCGCCCAGAAAGUCGCCUCGAAAGCCAAGUAUCGAUCAACUUUUGAUAACUUACAGGCCGCCAAACAUGAUACAGAAGGAAAGGACUCCUCCUCGUCCUCACUCCUCGUCCUCGUCCUCGCUGUCACGGGAAUCGGAUACCCCCGACAGAAGCCAGUCCAAUGAGGCUCUUACGAAGGCUCAGUCAUUGGAUUCACCGGCUUUGGAGGGGGCCCAAACAAGUGGAGACGAGGGUCAGCUUUUCGUGCAGAAGAAUGUCGCGGCUCAUAUCCAAUCGAUUCACAAACUCCAAGAACAGGCAGAGCCACUACUACGAGCAGAAUCACCAGUGGUAGAAGGACCACUACCGGCAUCACCGAAAUCGACGGUAAAGCCACCGGAUAAUUUGCUGGGACCGGUGUCAAGGGUACCGAUACUCACGUCAGAUGAGAAUGACAUAAGCCCGUCAGAUGAGGGUGUCCCAACGCCUGAAACUGACGCAAGAACUGUCGACAACCCCGUAGUAAUUUACCAAAAUCCAGCGUCUGAGAAUCCAGAAGUAGUCACUCAUUUACCUUCGGGGCAGGGAACAAGAGGACAGAACCCGCAGCUGACAAGAAUCCAACGGCUCUGCCAUCCGAAUUUAUGGGACCUCGAUUGCAAGUUUUGGACUGGAGUUCUGAUUUUCAUUGGUAUUGUAGUUUGGACUGGGGUGAUGAUUUAUUACAAGUUCAAGAAGCCCGCGUUCGAUGAUCACAUUCGCGACGACCACGACCUUCCCGUAAUACGCAGACAAUGGGGACAUCAUUAAUACCCGGAUAGAAAUAGAUUGUUAUCUUUUUAACUAAAUAAUUGUAAUAUUCAUAUUUUUAUACGCCAACAA